AUGUUCAAGAAGCCGUCGCGCAACACACUCCAGGGCUGCCUUGCAGUGACAAUGGCAUGCUUUGCCCUAGCACCCCUUGGACACAUCACAACUCUAGCCAACAUGGUGCCCUAUUUGGUGUCGUACAUGCGCAAGCACACCGAUGCGAAGGCAGUCUAUAGCCUGGCCAUAUGGCUGUCCUGUGGACUCCACGCCACCCAGGGUAUCUCAACACCUCUGACAGCAGCUCUCCUCCCUAAAAUCGGAUACAGACCCCUCCUUAUCGUCUCGUGGAUUAUUCACAACGUUCAAAGACUUGCACGCAUUCACCGGAAGCCACAAGCUCAGAUUGUGUCACUUCAACGAGGAGACGCUGAAGGCCACGUGCCGUCGGAGGUGCGGGUGACGAACCGAACGCGGCAAUAUAUUCACUCCACCGUCUUGGUGAAUGGUGUCGCCUCGGUUGAGCCUUUCUUCUCCCGGCAUCAAACCGAUUACUCACGUGCUCCUGUCUUUACUGCCUUUUUCUUCUCCUUUCUGCGUAGCCUUGGCAUAUUAGUGACCGGAGUCACCCUCAAUGUGGGUUUCGGUGCGGUGAUCUUCACGUACGCGAUCAUGGUGGGCUAUGGCAUUGGCGCCUCCUACGGCCUCCUCCUCUCCGUGGCCGCUUCGUGGUUUCCCAAACACCGCGGUCUGAUAGUCGGUAUCUGCGCGUGCGGGUUCGGAGCUGGUGCCAUCAUCCUCACGCCAAUCCAGACCUACAUUAUAAACCCAGGCAAUAUCGCCGUGAAUAACGUUACUCAGGAACCGGAGAAGAACAUGCUUAAUACUAUACGCAUCACGGACAAUUUACUAGAUGGAAUUUCGAGAAUCGUGGAACUAUGCCACAUGUAUCUUUCCUGUCGCAGAAUGUUUGAGGACGAAGCAAUGCUUGACCGAGUUCCCAAGUGCCUGUACAUCAUUGGCGGAAUAAUGGCGGGCUUUCAGCUGAUUGGCUGCAUCUUUGCGCACCCAAGGCCGGAAAAAAGUGAUUCCGUUAUCGAGGGCACCAGUGAGGAGACACCAGAGGAUGUUUUGGGCCGUCCGCAAUUGAAGACAGUGGUUGCGCCCGACGAGGAGGUCAGCCUUACGCCAUCGCAAGUCAUGCGAGAAAGCAAUAUCUUCAUCUUCUGGACCAUUAUGUUUCUCAGCUUGGUUCCUCUGACGCUCAUCACGGCCUCAUUGAAGGUUAACGAUAAGUACCUAAGUACGGUGAACACGAUUGGAGCAGUCUUCAACACUCUCGCUCGGAUUGCCUGGGGUCCAGUUGGUGAUGUCUUCUCAUACAAGAUGCCGCUCUGCUGUUUGAAUGUGUUCUACGGUUUCAUUCUUGUCACGCUGCCUUACAUUCCGUCGAUCCCAGGCGCUGGAAAACAACUCUACGCCAUUUGGGUCAUACUAACGUUUAUCUGCAUCGCGGGCAACUUUGUCCUACUGCCAUUCGGCAUUUCAAGGGCCUUCGGACACAAGUACUUCGCCGCCAACUACGGCAUCGUUUUCAGCGCAUUUACACCCGGCAGCAUCACUGGAGCCCUCAUAGUUUACUUUGUGAAGCUGGAAUACUGCUUGAAGGAGAUAUUCAUCGCCUGCGGCAUUAUCUGCCUUUGCAGUAAGUUCUUGCACGGCUUAUUGGCUACAACACAAGCACAACGUGUAUCUUAG